UGCUGUUGUCCAUGCGCCACUGGGCGAGUCUCGGCAGUCUCCGUAACCCUCUUUUAUCCUCAAAAAAGGAGAGCGAAAGAGGGCAGACUCGGAGUUGGGCUCGGGUAGAAGGACCGCCAUUAUUGGAAGGAAAAGCACUUUCACCCUCACUCACAAUGCACAAAUCUUGACGUUUAAAGCCACGCGUGGCCCACAUUGUCUGUGAUUUGACUGCGAAGCUGGAUGUUGUGUAUCACUGAUAAGGCAUCGCUGCAUGCUCGCUGCACACGGUGAAAUCAGCAUUUUAUGGCCACAACAAAGGGCAUUUUAAUUUAUCAAAACCUACGUUUGACCGGAGGAAGACAUUAAACAAGCAUUUUUCUUAUCGGAAACAACCAAACUGGCAUCCGAGAAAGGACAUUUCUUUGUUUGGAUAUGUUUAGCCAUCGGUGGAUUUUGAGGCCGGUUUCUGUAACUCGCGUAUUGACAAAAAUAUUUUAGACUGCAAGUCUGUCAGUCUACUUAAACGACCAAGGAUUGCCCCGGGAAAUUUAGCGUCCACUGGCGUUUAUGUAGUGUUAUAUGGUUUCUAACAACACAACCGAACCGGUUGCAAGCCCUCUACCGUUGGCCUGGACGGGGAAAGGGGAUUCAAAAGGGAACGUGACAACGGAGAAUGGCACUGGUUGGCCUCAAUUUCUGCAUCUGUCUUAUUUUCUUCAGCCUCCCCUCUAACCAUUUCUGAUUUGUCUGCAUUAAUAUGGUCGAAAUGUGCAAGCAACUUUCUUGACACGAAUGAAUGAUUGAAAAAUCGGUGGCACUGUCUCACUUGUAAAUCAUAGGAACUGCUGUUUUAUGGACACAUUUCAAAGAAUCUGUCAGUGUCAAUCUUUGGGGCAUGGCAAGAUGACUGCCUGCAUACGAUGAUGAUGGCUAAAAAGCAAGAAUCCCGGAUGCCUAUCUACAACCUUGUUGUUGUUGGCCUGUCGGGUACUGAGAAGGAGAAGGGCCAAUGUGGCGUUGGCAAGUCUUGCCUUUGUAACCGUUUUGUCCGUCCUAGUGCAGAUGACUUCCAUCUUGAUCACACUUCUGUGCUAAGUACCAGUGAUUUUGGUGGGCGUGUUGUCAACAAUGACCAUUUCCUAUUCUGGGGAGAGGUGGGCAGAGUUUUGGAAGAUGGCACAGAGAGCAGGAUGCACAUCGUUGAGCAGACAGAGUUCAUUGAUGAUCAGACGUUCCAGCCCCAUCGAAGUACUGCUUUGCAACCCUACAUCAAAAGAGCUGCCUCCACCAAACUUGCUUCUGCAGAAAAGCUCAUGUACUUCUGCACUGAUCAGUUGGGGCUAGAGCAGGACUUUGAACAAAAGCAAAUGCCAGAAGGCAAGUUGCAGGUGGAUGGCUUUUUGCUUUGUGUCGAUGUGAGUCGCGGUAUGAACCGCAACUUUGAUGAUCAAAUGAAAUUUGUCACAAACUUGUUCAAUCACUUAAGCAAGACAAAAAAGCCUAUAGUGCUAGUUCUCACUAAGUGUGAUGAGGGCGUUGAGCGAUACAUCAAGGAUUCUCAUACUUUUGCCAUUACAAAAAAGAACUUGCAGGUUGUCGAGACUUCGGCACGGUCCAAUAUCAAUGUUGACGUGGCUUUUCUCACCUUGGUACAGCUCAUAGAUAAAGGCAGAGGCAAGUCUAAAAUCAUACCUUACUUUGAAGCACUGAAACAUCAAAGUCAACUGAUUGCCUCGGCGAAAGACCGCUAUGAAUGGUUGGUGAACCACAUUGUUAAGAAUCACAAUGAAACUUGGCCCAACAUCACCCGACGAAUGCAGACUGCACCGGAAUACAAGGAGUAUGUAUUUUUAGAAGGUACAGGUAAAGCUAAGAAGCUUUUUCAACAGCAUAUUCAUCGUCUUAAGCAGGAGCAUAUUGAAAGGCGACGCAAAGCAUACCUGAGCACUCUUCCACUUGCCUUGAGUACAUUGGUGUCUGAGUUGGACGAAAUUGAGCAUUUGAGCUGGUCUGGGGUGCAGAAGGUCCUUGAGUCUAAAAAAGACUUUGACCAUUGGUUUGUGGUACUGGAGGAUGCACCAUGGGAAGACACACCACAUCUUGACAAUAUGGAAGAUGAGCGCAUCCCCUUUGAUGUUCUAGACACAACAGCUGCUGAAAUAAUCUUUGAUGCACAUCUUGAACACCUGCGCAAUGAAUGCAAGCGUGCCCAGAUGCGUCAUGAGUUCAAGGCAAAAUUGGCAUCAUCACCUUUUGUUACCCCUGGCAAGCCCUGGGAGGAAGCCCGCAGCUUCAUCAUGAAUGAAGACUUCUACCAGUGGCUUGAGGAGCCAGAAUAUUUGGACAUUUAUAACCGGCACCAAAAAGCAAUUAUAGACAAGGCGAAAGAGGAUUUUCAGGAGCUUCUACUCGAGUACUCUGAGCUUUUCUAUGAACUUGAGGUGGAUGCCAAACCUAGUAAAGAAAAGAUGGGAGCAAUUCAAGAAGUAUUAGGUGAAGAACAACGCUUCAAGGCACUACAGAAAUUACAAGCUGAGAGAGAUGCUUUAGUGUUAAAACACAUCCAUUUUGUGUAUCACCCUACUAAGGAAACAUGCCCUAACUGCCCACACUGUGUUGACAACAAAAUUGAGCAAAUACUAGCUUCAUGCUUCCCUGCACGAUAUCCUUCCUUUGGAAAGUCCCAAAUGACUGAUGUAAAGAUAGAUAGGAUUAAUCUUGUCAUACUGGGCAAAGACGGUCUAGCAAGAGAAUUAGCCAAUGAGAUUCGGGCGUUGUGUACCAAUGAUGAUCAUUAUUUGCUUGAAGGAAGAAUGUAUGAGCUUGUCCUUCGACCCAUUGAGGGCAAUGUUAGACUUCCUGUUAACUCGUUUCAUACAGCCACAUUCAUUCCCCAUGGAUGCCUAUGUUUGUACAAUUCUAAAGAAUCCUUGUCAUAUAUUGUAGAAAGUAUUGAGAAAUUGCGAGAGUCUACUCUUGGCAGAAGGGAUAACCAUAUUGCUCAGCUUCCUCUGUCACUCUUGUUAAUAACUAAAAGAGGUGUUGGAGGACUAGGCGACAUUGGUGGGGAGACUGCCCAAGCUUUAAUAUCACAGGGUCAGCAGGUAUCAAUGAAACUGCAGUGCAACUACCUGGAACCUGCCUUCCCAGGCACUGGCUAUGGUCGAAAUGUAAAUGAAAGGCAGAUUAACCAGGUCUUGAAAUGUCUGCUUGAAAUGAGGAGGACUUCGACAUUCCGUAGCUGUUCACCACCCGCACCUCCUCUACCUCCAUGUAUUCGAGACUUACAGCAUGACCCGAGCCCAGAGGCUGAUUUGCGUGUUGUCAUGUGCCUAAUGUGUGGAGACUCUUAUGACAUUGAUCAACUUCUUGCACCAUUUCUACUCCCUCAGCAUUGCCGACCGACUUCUCCCCAAGCAAGUGGCACUUCAGUGCUGCUAGAACAAACAAUUGGUGGCCACAACUAUACAAUUGAGCUAUCCCUACUGUCAUACCAUGCUGCAUUUGCCACACGUAAAAGUAGGCUGGUGCAUGGCUACAUUGCUGUGUACUCUGCUUGUCGCAAAGCUUCUUUUGAAACCCUGUGUGCCUUCUUAUGUGAGGUUCAGGACAUUAUCCCAGUUCAGCUGCUUGCAGUGGGAGACACUCAGACUGACCUUUUAGACUCUGCUCAUGAGUUUCUAGUACAAGGUGAGGAACUAGCCCAUGAAAUUGAAGGACGAUUUUGCAGUACUGUUUGUAGCUCUGGUGGAAUUGUUGGAGGACUUCACAAAAUAGAACUCUUAGAACAAUUUUUUACAGAAGUAUUAGAGAAGAAAACUAUUGUUGAAGCCAGUCAUAUGUACGAAAAUGUUCCAGAAGCCUCUAGCACAAAUGAGAAUGUGUAUUCGCCACACUGUGGCUCCCCAAGCCCUGUCACAAUGCUGCUAGAUUCUGAGGAAGACAUGGAAGCUUCUCCACCCUACCAUGAUGGCACACUCACCUCUCAUGGUGGAUUCAAACUGCCUGACUUGGACUCAGCUGACACAUUCUCUGUGAUCUCUGACCUUAGCACCUUUGAGAACAAGCUUAAUAAUAAAGUCCUUCCUCAAGUAAGACCAAAACCUAGUGUCACAUUUGACCUCAGAAAACCAAAUUUUAACCCCUAUAUGGAUUCAGUCAGCCAUCGGCGGUCUCUUACAUCAAAUGUGACGUGGCCUCUCGGAGGAGACUAUGAUCCGUCAGACUAUGCUGACCCAAUGGAUGCUGUCUCAAAGCCACGCCCCAGCUAUGAGGACAACAUUUACUCUGUGCCACAUGACAGCACACAGGGCAAAAUUAUUACCAUCCGCAAUUCCAACAGGAUGCACUCUAAUGGAGGAGGCAAUGGUUCAGACAGUGAAGGGGAUGGCAGCUCCUUGGAAAGACGUCGCAAGUUCUCUGCAGCAAGGGUGAAACCAAGACUCUACCGUGACCGUUCCAAACGGCUGGGGAAGUUCAGCAAUUUCCGCACAAGUUUUUCCAUUGGUAGUGAUGAUGAGAUUGGCACACUUACAAGGUCAAAAGAUGAUGAUGUUUCGGGAUUGAAGGCUGACAUACUAAACGAAGAAGGAGAGGAUCCCAAAAAGAGGAACAUAUUGAAAAGUCUUCGUCGACCAGGCAAAAAAUCAAGACCAAAGCCUCGUCAUUCUAUUUCUAAGCCUUUGGAGAGUAGCUACUUUGGGAUUCCUCUUGCAAAUGUUGUUUCCCUUGAACGACCUAUUCCAGUUUUCAUUGACAAGUGUACCCGUUAUAUUGAAGCCACAGGUUUAACCACAGAGGGUAUCUACAGGGUAAGUGGAAAUAAGUCAGAGAUAGAGGGCAUGCAGAGGCAGUUUGAACAAGACCAUAAUCUUGACCUAGUGGAGAAGGACUAUACUGUGAACACAGUUGCUGGGGCAUUAAAAAGUUUCUUCUCGGAGCUGCCAGAGCCUCUGAUUCCUUAUAGCUCACAGGUGGAGCUGGUGGAAGCUUUCAAAAUUAAUGACAGAGAACAGAGGCUGCACACCAUGAAGGACGUGUUAAGGCGAUUUCCCAGGGAAAAUUAUGAUGUCUACAAACAUGUAAUGAGCCAUCUAAACAAGGUUAGUCAGUGGAACAGAGUCAACUUAAUGACAAGUGAAAAUCUAUCCAUCUGUUUUUGGCCAACACUGAUGCGGCCAGACUUCACCUCUAUGGAUGCCCUGACAGCUACGGCAACCUACAAGACAAUCAUUGAGACAUUUAUUCAUCAGUGUGCUUUCUUCUUUUACAACCAGCCUCCUGCUGAGUCGCCCACUGGCCUCUUUGCACCCUCUGGACCACUGGUGCCCUCUGGAUUGCCGCCAUCUCCCACAGCUGCCCCGAAUUAUUGCCCCCCAACCCAACAUUUUACCUCCCUUUUGCACUCGCCCCCACAUUCUCCCCCUCAGAGUCCACACACAGCCCCUGCAGAACCACAAACACUAUGAGCGUGGGGAGAAAGUGGCCUGUGGUUUAUUAAACUCCAUACACAAACAUAGACUUGUGUAAUGCAUGCUUACACAGCGACAUAUACAUAUUCUACACAAUGCCUUUAACAUGUAGCUUGUUUAGGUCAGUGCUGUAUGUGAAAAAAGUGUGCUGGGUUCUCAGUACUUCUAUUUGGGAAAGAUUUUGGGAUUUACUUCUACCACUAUGGACAUAAAAAAAACAACACGCACAGCAGAUGAAUGUCUGUGCGCUUAUGAACUGUACAAUCUGUGUAACUAACAAAGGUGUCGUUUUCGAGAUGACAACACUGAUGUAGUUUAUUACAGAAGGGGAUGUUCUUCGUUUUCAGUGUAGAUAAAUGCGCUUGUCAGAAAGGAUAUGAAUCGUUCGAAGGACUUUAAGAUUUAAGACUGCUCUGUCUCCCGUUUCUCUUCUUUUUCUUUAUCCACUUGCUCUCUACAGUAUAUAAAACUUUAGUAGGACACUGUAGUGAGAAAAAAAUCUGAAUCAUGAAGCACUUAUACAUUAUCAAGGAUUUCAUCUAAAAAUGUUUUGGAAGAAAAAUAGAAACUUAAUUUUUAUUUUUGUUUUAAGAUGAAUGAGAUCACUUUAGCUGCAACCAUAUUUGCUACUUUACCUGGCUCUUGUGUUCCCCAUUACCAUCCAGUGGUGGCCAGUGACUUCUAAGGGGCGCUAUUUAAAAUAUGUGUUCGGAGUUUCGAGUGUGUUGCUCAUCAUGUCAAAAUAAUGUGUUUGUGCAUCAUAUAAACCCGGUGCAUUAUGCGUUUUGUCAAAAUACAUGCCUGGUGUAUAUGCAUCAAAAGGGUUUAUGAUAAAAGAGACAAUUACAAAGUCUUUAGACACUAAGACACUAACUUAACACUAAAGGGAUAGUUCACUUUAAAAUGUCUUUUUCCUGAUGAACACAAAAUAAAUUAUUUUGAGAAAUGAUGGUAAACACACAGCAGAUAGUGACCAUUGACUACCAUAGUAGGAAAAAUAUUUUGGAAGUAUUGUGAUAAAUGAUGAAGAAAAUAUUUUGAUAAAUGACGGUAAGCACACAGUUGACGGUACCCAUUAAAUUUUAUCAUAAAUCCCUUCGAAGCAUCUGCAGCAAAUUAGUAUUUUGACAUGUUGCGUGAUGCAAACAGGUUCAUAUUAGGGCUGGGUAAAAAUAUCGAUUCAUCAAUGCAUUGCAAUUAUUUGUUUCUAAAUUCAAUAUCGAUUCAUCAAAUCCUAUGAAUCGAUUCAGCCCACUGGCCAGUGGCGGCGCUGUGGGCAACACUCCAGUGAGAGCGUUCAGCAUUGUACAAGACACGCUUUACCAAAACAGCAUUUACAUUUUUAUUUUGCCAUUUAAAACUGCAUAAUUCAUUGUAGCGAGCGCUCAAGUGCGCCUCCCUCCCUACCCCUCCUCAUGUUACGUGCAGCGCCUCAACAGCGUGCGCCCUCUCUCAUGUUGCGUGCAGCUCUCCUAUCGCGCAUAAAAUACAGUGAAAAGUAUUUUAACUCCGCGUCCCUCGGUGUACUUUCUUUUUCGCGUAAACGUCAACAGUAACGGAUGUACUGACAGAGAAGACGGAUGAUCGAGUUCAUCAUGACUUAACGAAAGGUUAGCAGUAGUGUUUCCCACACAUACAUAGAGUAAAACAUGACAAAAUGAUGUCACAUCAUUUCGGCAUGUGACGUCAUCACCACCACAGUCUUUCAAAAUCCUGUGGGAAACACUGUAAAAAUAUAAGGUACUUAAUUAUUUGUGUAUGUACUUAUUACUGAAUCGAUAUUGAAGUAAAUAAAUCAAUAUUGAAUUGAAUCAAAGCAUCAAGAAUCGAAAUCAAAUCGAAUUGUGAAAUUCCCAGCAAAACCCAGCCCUAGUUUAUAUGACGCAACAUACACUCAUUUUGACAUGACGGGCUAAAUGCAUGUUGUGACGAGCUUUGCAUCGUGUGCCCUCGAAACAGAAGUCAUUGGCCGCCACUGGUACCAUCAUUUAUUCAUAUCCCAUGCUGUUUUACACUUCGAAAAAGACAAAUACCAUGGUUUUAGAGGAUGUAUUUCUCCUCGCUUCCAAGACUUGAAGUUCGGUCACCUGAUAGGUCCAAAAGUGACAAUGAUGAGGAUUUGUUUUGCCAAGUGGCUCCUGUGGAUCUUUACUCAUAAAUUCAGCUAAUGAAGAGUACAUGCCCUUUUCUUUUGAAGGCUGUAAUUUAAAUGGUGAUGAUGUCACUUGGGAAUUCUCUUCAGUUAGCACUGGUGAGGGGCUUGAGAUCACUGGGUUUACGAAUUUACUCAGAUCCUUAAACUAUAGCCUUUGAAUUACCAAUUCAAAACCCUCACACCUUAAUUUAAGCAUAUAAAUGUAUAUAAGGCCUUGAAGGCCUUUUAUUGACGCCCAGUCUGACUGUUUUAAGAGCUCUAUUGUUUUUACCUUAUAAUCUAAAGCACUUUUUGUUUUUUAUAUAGACCUGUAUUGUGCAACACUGAAUAAUUAUUGGUUUAACUUGUGGCCACCGUGUUAGAAAGGUCAUUGAACUUUUUCAUGGUGAAUGUAGAGUGCUAAGACGCACAUUAAGAUUUAAGUCCUAGACUCUUAAUCAUUUGUUGUGCAUUAGUAUGUCUUUGUCUGCUGUUCGUAUGGAUUUUCAUGGACCUUUUGUACAGCUUGAAGUUUGGCUGACCUUAAAGUCAUAUCACAAUUUUUUAUUGUCAUCUCCAUGUAACUGCAUCAGAAGGACAGCUUUUUCCAUCCCAUUUCCUCUGGACAAAUCCAUGAUGUAUAAAGAUGCAAUGGCUUAUUGUGUGUAGAUUGUAUGUAUAUUACCUUUUUCUCUCGAAAGUGAAGCAUUGGAAAUGAAGGAAAUUAUUCCUCAUUAGGUUUGGUGUGAAAUACCACUUCCUGUUUUUAUACAGCCAAGGUACAAAAGCUGAAGUACCAAAGUAGUCCAAUGUGGCUGAUGAGGGUUCAACACCGGUUAUAAAAAUGUUAAUGACUUUUGGUGUUUGGGGAUGUGCAUGCCAGCUUGGAUUAUUGACAAAAUAAGGCAUAUGGCGAGCAACCCAUAAUGAAUGAUUUAACUAUUUUUCAUCCUUUUAAUUCUGUGUAUCUGCUGCUUUUUUUACCAGGUUGAACAAAUCUCGAGUGACCCGAGCAUUACUUGAAGUAUACAAUUGUUCUUCGUGUGAUUUCCAGCAAACAACUCUAGAAUUAGUAACUGUAGAGUUCCAGUUGACGUCACGCUGCCUAAACUCCACCCUUUUGGCAGGCAAUCGUAGAGCGCUUAAGUGCUGUUUCAUCGGUAUUGAUAGUGAUUUUAAACCAGACUAAUUCAAUAUGAUGGAUAAGGGUUUUAUGUUUAAAAGUAACCUUGAAAUGACAAGUUUAAAAUGUGGAAAAUAACUGGGCUGAUACACAUUGUUAUGUUUCAUCUAUUAAGUUUUGGAUCUUUUGAACUAAAGUGCGCAGUGAACUCUGUUGCUAUGAAAUUCCUACUGCUGCCAUUCAUUUCAUAUUCGCUCCUGGCUGUUUUUGCAUGCCAGUAUGGUGGAACAAAGCGAAUUGCUCACGUGACGUCCGGACCUCUAUACUAGCUAUAAAUACAGCCAUGUUUUUGUUAUACUUAAGCGCAGGUUUUUCUCAAGCUUAUGAUGUUGUUAGUCAAGAUAAAGAUGGGCAACUGUGAUGGUUAUUAUGGAAAUUAAUUAUUUAAAGACCCCUUUACAAGAGUGCCAUGAACUGUUGAAUUUUAUUGUCAAAGUGUUUUAUUGAAAUGAUUUUUACUUGUGUUUUAGAGUUUUAUUUUCAUCUAAAAAUUUGAAUUUGUUCAUUUUUGUUUUUUGUUGUUGUGGUGGAGCUGAAAUACUGGCAACAGCCCAAUAAAUUAUACUGCUCAACUUAGAAUUAAGAA